UUGAUGCUGGUGGUUAGCCUGACGGUACCGGGGCAGCUGAGCACCGAACAGAGAAACAACCUCCGGACCUCGGUGCUCCGUCUCUCAGCUUGAAUAACACAAACUAAUAAUGUCCGGCGUCCCGGCGCUUCCUUCUCCGAGGUGACCGAGGUGAGAGCAGCAGCAGCCGGGAUGGCGCUGGUCACUGUGCAGCGGUCACCGACACCGAGCACCACCUCCAGCCCCUGCGUGUCCGAAUCGGGCAGUGGUGAGGAUGAUCGCCGCUCUCAGCCCAGGAGUAUCAGUGAGAGCUUCCUCACAGUAAAAGGUGCAGCCCUGUUCCUUCCCAGAGGUAACAGCCCUCCACCGAACACUGCACCUCCUAUCAGCCAGCGCAGGAACAAGCACACAGGUGAUCUCCAGAAACACCUUCAGACUAUGUUCACUGUUCUGCGGCCGGAGGACACCAUCAGACUGGCUGUGCGCCUCGAGAGCGCCUACCCUCAGGUAACCCGCUACAUGGUGGUUGUCUCCACCAAUGGCAGACAGGACACGGAGGAAAGCAUCGUGCUCGGCAUGGACUUUGUCUCUUCUGAUAGCUGCUGCACGGUGGGUCUGAUUCUACCUCUGUGGAGUGACACUCUGAUCCACUUGGAUGGAGAUGGUGGCUUUAGCGUCUCGACAGUUAACAGGGUUCAUGUCUUCAAGCCUGUUUCUGUCCAGGCCAUGUGGUCAGCCCUCCAGUCCCUCCACAAAGCUUGCGACGUGGCUCGCUGCCACAACUACUACCCCGGCAGCCUGUUCCUCACAUGGAUCAGCUACUACCAGAGCAGGAUCUCUUCCAACCAGUUCUGUGUCAACGAGUGGAACGCCAUGCAGGACGUGGAGUCGCACCGUGCAAACUCACCUGUCACCUUCACAGACCUGCCCACAGAGAGGGAGCGCACAGAAAGGUUAAUCAAGACGCGCCUCAGAGAGAUCAUGAUGCAAAAAGAUCUGGAGAACGUCACCUGCAAGGAGAUCCGAACAGAGCUGGAGAUGCAGAUGGUGUGUAACCUGAGGGAGUUCAAAGAGUUCAUAGACAACGAGAUGAUAGUCAUCCUGGGACAGAUGGAUAGUCCCACUGAGAUCUUUGAACACGUCUAUCUGGGCUCCGAGUGGAACGCAUCCAACCUGGAGGAGCUGCAGAACAGUGGAGUGGGAUACAUCCUGAAUGUGACGAGGGAAAUAGACAACUUUUUCCCGGGGAUGUUUGAGUACCACAACAUCAGAGUGUACGAUGAGGAGGCCACAAACCUGCUGGAGUACUGGAACGAAACCUUCAAGUUCAUCACUAAAGCAAAGAAAGCCGGAGCUAAGUGUCUGGUUCACUGUAAGAUGGGCGUGAGUCGCUCGGCCUCCACAGUGAUCGCCUACGCCAUGAAGGAGUACGGCUGGGACCUGGACACGGCCUUCGACUAUGUGAAAGAGAGACGGGCCGUCACCAAACCCAACCCUUCCUUCAUGAAACAGCUGGAGGAGUAUCAGGGAAUUCUGCUGGCCAGCAAACAAAGGCACAAUAAGCUAUGGCGCUCCCACUCUGACAGUGACCUAUCAGAUCGCUCCGAGUCCAUGUGUAAACCGUCCUCCCUGGGCCGCUCAGACUCUCACAACAACAACAUCUCCUCCCCCUCUUUACAUCACUUCCUGGGCGUGGCUGUGCUGCAAGCGCUCGGUGCUGAAGACUCUGCCAAAUUAGACUCCACACAAACGUCUGAGUCACACACACACACUAACGGUCUGUGUGACUCAUCGGUUCAGGAGGAGGUCAGAUCUGAUUGUGAAGACCUCUUCCUGCAUCCCCUCCCGUGUCCCCAAGCAGCCACUGUAGUCCCAGAGGAAAGACUGGACAAUUCAGAGAGCGUGGCUGUCACUGUGCCUGUCGCUCUACCCCACCCGCCACCAUCACUCCACAUCCUACCUCCUACUCCUGAACUCCAGCGUGUUCGCCGGAGUCCUCCUACACAUCUGUCCAUUUCAGUGCCCAAACACAAACCAACAGAAUUGUCCCUCACUUUGCACGAGCGAAGCAGCUCAGAGGAAAUCUCCCCUCUCACUCUGGGAUCGACUGACUCUGACAUUAUAGAUCGGUCAUUAUCCGAUUCAACUAGGGACAAACACAGCCCUCUCAGCCCUGCAAACACUGCCCCUCUCCCGCUGGUUCUCCCCCUCGCUCCCAGCGAUGACAACAACAACCCCAGUGAGUUACAGGUCGGCAGUGAUUGCGACGGCCGUGGCGAGGCCGAUGGCUCGUCAAGCCACAGCACGGACAGCAUCGACUUCUUCAGCGCCAGAGAGAAGUUUCUGGGCUUGGCCCAAGACUCAGAGCAGAGGACUCCAUCGCCACAUGAGGAAAACAGAGAUACAGACGAGAAGGCGGAAGAGGAGCAGGAGAAUGAGAGUCAG